AUGACAACAAAAAUAAUUAUUGAUAGUCCAUCGGAUGAUGAUGAUGAACCAAGAUUUCAAAUGGAACAUCAUCAUUUAUUACGUCCACCAUCAUUAAAUAUUGUACCAAAAACUUUAAAAACAUUUCCACAAAGUAUAAUUCAUUCUAUUGAAACUGAUCGACAACAACGUUUUUCUCAAACACGUUCAGCUUCAGGUUUUCUUCAUGUUAAACAAUCAUCAAUAGAUACAACUGAUGAUGAUCUUGAUGAUAAUUAUGAAACUACAACAACAACAACAACAACAACUGAUUCAAGUCGAAAACGUUCAUUAAUUGUAACUCAUGAUCAUCGAUCACCAUCAGAAAUUCGUCUUAGUUUAUAUCCUAAUGAAAUCGAACAAAAUUUAAUAAAUAAAAAAAAUCAAUUAAUAAAUUCAACAUAUGAAAAUGAACAACAUAGUUCUGAACCAUCAUUUCUUGAAAUAAAAUCUUCUAAACAAAAACGUGUUGAAUAUUUAAGACGUACUCUAUUAGAACAUCGUUUUAGUCGUCGAAUGCAUUCAUCAUUUCCAUCAACAACAACAUUACGUUCAUUUAAUCGACGUCGUUCAACACAAACUCUUUCACAACGUUCAAGUCGUCGUCCAUCACAUUAUUUAUCAAGAAAUUCAAAAUGGCAUUUUGUUCGUAAUCAUUUACAUGAUAUUGCUAUGAUGAGUGAAUCAUAUGCACGUAUGAAAAUAAUUGAACGUGAUUUACGUUGGAUACAUUUACGUGAAAUAAUAUGUAAACAUAUAUUAGAUAUGCGUGAAAUGUCUAUACUUCGUCAACAAGAUGAUGGAACAUUAAAUAAAACAACUAAAACAAGUUUUAAUUUAAAAACAAUACCAAAUAAUGAAGUUGUACAUGUUGAACAAGAUGGUAGAAUUUAUUCAAUGGGUAUACGUGAUCUUGUAUUAGGUCGUUUUAUUGGUGAUGAUGAUUUACAAUUAGAUACAAUAGCACAAUUAGUAGCACGAAGAAAAUUUCAAGUUAAACAAAAUAUAUUAAAACAACAAGAAGGAAGAACACGUUUAAAAAAAAAUAUUGCUUUUUCAUUUUGUUUAUGUAAUUUAUCAUUUAUUGCUUUGAUGUUUGCUGCAAUGUUUAUUUUUGCUAUGACAACUAUUGUUGAAUUAAGAUCAAGAGAAUUUUUUUAA